CACAAAAACAUGGUGGCUCAAGGCAGCAAUGGAAAAAGAAGAAAACAGUGAGACUUGACAUCGGCAGGGCCCUUGAGAAGACCAGAAACCACACCAGAUCAGAUCCGACCAGGCUGAACCUGAAACCUCUGGCACUGAUCAGAUCAGAACAGAAAUCAGACCGCACAGGAUCAGCUCCUGAAGAUACACCACGGUAAACAAGUGAGUGACGGCAGAGAGGGGCUGAACCUGGAGUGUGAAAAACUGAAGAUAUCUGCCAGAGACAAAGGACAGCAGUCAUGCCGGGCUCAGGAGCAGCAGACCCGAAGGGAGAAGAUUUCUCCACCGCCAUCCUGAAGCAGAAACACAGGCCCAACAGACUCGUGGUGGAUGAGAAUGUCAGUGAUGACAGCAGCCUCGUCAGCCUGUCACAGGACAAGAUGGAGGAGCUGCAGCUCUUCAGGGGGGACACAGUGGUGUUGAAGGGUCGGAAACAACGUCAGACCGUGUGCAUCGUCCUGAGUGACGAAACCUGUUCGGACGAACGGAUCCGGCUGAACCGUGUGACGCGCAGCAACCUGCGAGUCCGCCUCGGUGAUGUCAUCAGUAUCCAUGCCUGCAGUGACAUCAAGUAUGGAAAAAAGGUCCACGUCCUCCCGAUAGACGAUACCAUUGAGGGCCUGACUGGGAGCCUCUUCGAUGUUUUCCUCAAGCCGUACUUCCUGGAAGCUUACCGGCCCGUACACAUUGGUGACAUCUUCCUGGUGAGGGGCAGCAUGCGGGCGGUGGAGUUCAAGGUGGUGGAGACGGACCCCAGUCCUCACUGCAUCGUCGCCCCCGACACCGUCAUGUACUGUGAGGGAGAUCCAAUCAAAAGAGAGGACGAGGAGGAGAACCUCAAUGACAUCGGCUAUGACGACAUCGGGGGCUGUCGGAAGCAGCUGGCCCAGAUUAAAGAGAUGGUUGAACUUCCUCUCAGGCACCCGGGUCUCUUCAAGGCAAUAGGAGUUAAGCCCCCCAGGGGCAUCCUGCUGUACGGCCCUGCAGGAACAGGGAAGACCCUGGUGGCCCGAGCAGUAGCCAAUGAAACUGGUGCCUUCUUCUUCCUCAUUAAUGGUCCUGAGAUCAUGAGCAAGCUGGCAGGAGAGUCCGAGAGCAACCUGAGGAAGGCGUUUGAGGAGGCAGAGAAAAAUGCUCCAGCCAUCAUCUUUAUUGAUGAGCUGGACGCAAUCGCUCCCAAGAGAGAGAAGACCCAUGGCGAGGUGGAGAGGCGCAUAGUGUCCCAGCUGCUGACCCUGAUGGAUGGCCUGAAGCAAAGAGCUCACGUGGUUGUCAUGGCAGCAACAAACCGACCGAACAGCAUCGACCCUGCACUGAGACGCUUUGGCAGGUUCGACCGGGAAAUUGACAUCGGGAUUCCAGAUCCCACCGGCAGACUGGAGAUCCUGCAGAUUCACACCAAGAACAUGAAACUGUCUGAUGACAUCGACAUUGAGAAGAUCGCCAGAGAGACCCACGGACAUGUGGGCGCCGACCUGGCUGCUCUGUGCUCAGAAGCUGCUCUGCAAGCCAUCCGCAAGAAGUUGACUCUCAUAGACCUGGAGGAUGAAUCCAUCGAUGCUGACCUGCUCAACUCACUGGCCGUCACCAUGGAUGACUUCCAGUGGGCGCUGAGUCAGAGCAACCCAUCGGCUCUGAGAGAGAUGGUUGCAGAGGUGCCUCAGGUCAACUGGGCAGACAUUGGAGGACUGGAAGUGGUCAAGAGAGAGCUACAGGAGCUCGUUCAGUACCCAGUCGAGUAUCCAGACAAGUUCCUGAAGUUCGGGAUGACGCCGUCUCGUGGUGUGUUGUUCUACGGUCCUCCAGGCUGUGGGAAAACCCUCCUGGCUAAGGCUAUUGCCAAUGAGUGCCAGGCAAACUUUAUCUCCAUAAAAGGCCCUGAGAUGCUCACCAUGUGGUUUGGAGAAUCAGAGGCCAAUGUCAGAGAUGUUUUUGAUAAGGCCAGACAGGCGGCCCCCUGCAUCUUGUUCUUUGACGAGUUAGACUCCAUUGCCAAAUCCAGAGGAGGCGGGGGUGGGGACGCAAGCGGUGCCGCCGACAGAGUCAUCAAUCAGAUCCUCACAGAGAUGGACGGCAUGUCCGACAAAAAGAACGUUUUCAUCAUUGGUGCGACAAACAGACCAGACAUCAUAGACUCGGCCAUCCUGCGGCCGGGCCGUUUGGACCAGCUCAUCUAUAUCCCGCUCCCAGACAAGCCAUCUCGCUCUGCCAUCCUGAACGCCAACCUACGCAAAUCUCCUAUCGCACGAGAUGUGGAUCUGGCCUUCCUGUCCGACAUCACAGAGGGCUUCUCUGGAGCUGACCUGACAGAGAUCUGCCAGCGAGCUUGCAAGCUGGCCAUCCGCGAGGCCAUCGAGGCCGAGAUCAAGGCGGAGCGUCAGAGGCAGAACAGUCCAGGCAUCCCCAUGGAGGAGGACUUUGAUCCCGUCCCUGAGAUCAGAAAGGACCACUUUGAAGAGGCGAUGCGAUUUGCCCGUCGCUCUGUCAGUGACAAUGACAUCCGCAAGUAUGAGAUGUUUGCUCAAACUCUGCAACAGAGCCGAGGUUUUGGAAACUUCAGGUUCCCCUCUGCUGCUGGUAAUCAGUCUGGAGAUCAGGGGUCAGGCUCCGGUUCAGGGGGGCCAAAUCUCUACAGAGAAGAAGGCGAUGAGGAUCUCUAUUAGUGAUAAAAAAAACAUCAUACAGCUGCACAGUGUUUUCCUCCAUCACUGCUGUACCUGGCUUCUCUGCAGGGAGAGCAACAGAUGGAUGAAUGAUGAGAAGAAAAACACGUUUUGCAAACAGGAGUUAUUACAUGAAUCAAACAAGAAUUCAAAUUUGGACUGCCUGGAUUUAAAUAGGGUUAUAAAGAUGAGAUUCAAUGGAAAAACCAAUAGACCUGAUUUGGGCACAGAGAAAAAAACAUUAACCACAGGUUGUGUGUAUGUUUGAGUUUGGAAUGGGAUAGAUACAUUGUGAAUCUGAUCUGAAAUGAUACUGAAAUGAUACUGAUGCUGAUUGGGAAUGUAAUUUUUUCCAUUUAGCCGCAUUGGUCAUUGUCAUUUUUCUCUUCUUUUUUUCAGAAAACUUGAAUAGAAGCUUUAUUUGAUGUUUUUAGUGUGAACAUUAAAAACCCUGUACAUUUCCUUAUAUAACAAGUCAAAAUGUUGACUUUGAAAAGGGUCUGUUAGAUCGACACACGUGUAUUUAGGAUGAUGCAAAUCUGAAAACACAAUGUGAACUGAAAUAGGAAUAAAUUAAGAAAGUUCUGACUAAACACACAGCUCCUCGGGGCUUUAUGACUGGUGCAUUUGAAAGAUUCAGGUCAUGCAAAGUACAUACAAAAUUAUUCCCGACAUUUCUUUUUUAGUUUCAAGUGAUGUAAAUAGUUUUAUUGCAAAUAGUAUUAUGUUCCAAUAUACUCUUAUACAAUUAAUGUUAAUAGAACUUUCAGGCCCAGACUAUAUAUCUAUAUUUGAAAAAUCCGAAAGAGAUGUGUAUUUCUGGAAGUGUCUAAGAGUCUGUCAGUAAUUCUGAACACUUAAUCCUCUUCAGUAUCUCUAUACACUCAACAAAAUUGUAUUGCUUUUCUCUACAUAUUCAUUUAUAUACAGUGAAUGUGAAGCCUUUAGGUCCACCUGGUGCAGUUUCCCCCUUUACGAUACAGCCUGUGUUGAAAAAAAGUGAAUACUUGGCUGAAUUUGAAUGUUUAUUACCUCAGCGAAAGAAGUUAUGAUUUCAUCUGCUCUCUGUUUGUUAUUAAGCAGGAUUACGCAAAUACUGGACGGAUUACAACGAAACUUGGUGGAAGGAUGUAAUGUUGGUCAGUGAAGAACCCAGUAGAUUUUGCUGUGGGUUUCAGGAUCAGGGGGUGGAUCCAGGACUCUUGUUUCACUCUCUUGAGCAUUGCGAGAUGGUGCUUUCUUUUGAAAUUGUUUAGAAUUUUCCUGGGUAAUAAU